AUGCUCAGUGGACCCGGAGUCGCCGCGAGGGCCAAUGGAUCUAGGCCUCUCACUGUGAAAACUCUGACGAUCCACUCGGCGUCAGGCUCGGCGCUAGUCUCUCACUGUGAAAACACCAAAACCCUGGAUGGCGCAGCGAUCCGAAGUCGGCUCCAUCCGCAACAGCUCACUUGCGUGCGCCCUCCUGCCUGCACCGCCGAUCGAUCCAUGGCGCAAAGCAUGUGUCUGUGUAGCACGGUUCGCGACCUCGCUACCACAGGUGUCGACGAGAGGAGGGCCAUGCUCCUCGCGUCCGACCUGAACAAGCACCUCGCCGCGAUCCACACCAUUCUCGCCAAGUCGAAGCCGCUCAAUCGCAAUGUCCACUGGCAGCUGAUACCAAGCAAUCAACGCACGAGAAAAAUCUUCUCGGUCCAGAGUCUGGAUGCGACGGGUUUGGACCGGUUACGCGACAGCCUCGGGGACAACACCGAUGCCUUCUGGUCACGCGAUGACAGCUCGGCUCUGGCGGAAGUGCGACGGCGUUUCGCCUGCGCCGCCGUCUUCCUGCGGUCUGUCUUGGAUCCGGACAAGUGGGUUUCGCCGGCCGUCGCCAGGCUCGUGCAGGGAUCCAAGCUGUCUGAGCUUCGGUUUGCAGGCAAGAAGUACCUCAAGAUUGCACGCAGGCUCGGGGGCAUUGGGUCGCUGUUCUGGCUCCCGACCGAGGUCCCGUCGUCCACGUACGAGAGAUACUUGAACAUGGAUGAUGAUGAGGCAUUCGCACAUCUCGCAUCACUCGGCACUAGCCUUCCGAGCCACGACGACUUGGCCCAGCGGUUGAUAUUUGGCCAGGUCAAUGAUCCCUCGCUGAGACUUUCAUAUCACAACCUGUUUGUCGAGUAUGGCGACAUCCUCCCAAUUUCCGACCACUUGACUCUACUCACUGCCGGCUUUGGCGGUGUCAAUGUUCCAUGCAUGCUGUUUGAAAGUGUGCGUGGAACCAAGGGUCGCUGGACAGAUGAGGGAGAGGCCCAAAGCACAACAGCAACCGAGUUCGGGCUUCCAUCCCGACUCGUCGAAUCGCUGUCGGGAAGCCAGGCUGAUGCCGCACAAUGCCCGGACAUUGAGACCAGCAAUCUCGAGGAUGGUACUCCGUGCUGGUCCAUCAAUUCUAAAUCCCAAGAAGAGUUGGCGGCGGCCUUGUCGCCACAGACCCAGGAGGCUCUUGCCAGUACAGCCUUGAGAUUGAUAUGCUUUGCCACACCCCCGUGCUACGAGGGCAAGUCUGUUUGGUCUCGACAACUCAACAGCUGCAUCUGGAGCCUAUUACAAAAGGCCAUGAGCCAGCAUCAGUGCAUCCCAAUGUCUCUCAGACGUCAGGUCAUUGAAGCGUUACUGUUCUUCUCAGAACGAGGUCUGAUGGAGACUCGCUAUCCAGCCAUCGAACGGGCCAGGGCUCUGUUGCACAAGUCUCUACCAUACUACUACCAGGCCUCGGUAACACUAUUCGAGAGCAAUAUUCUGCGUGUCAACGGCGAUCUGGGCAAAUCGGACGCCGUCAUACAGGACUUUCUCGGUCGCGAGCACCAGCCGAGCAAUCGUUGCGAAAAUGCUCUCUUGGGAAGACUCCACGUUUCCCUCCUUGAGAAUAAGAUCGCUCGCUACGACAAAGACGUGGCCCUGCAUAUGUACAACUGGAAGGGCAUACAGCCGCUGUCGACGUUUGAGAUUGAGGUCACGCGCAGGCUCCAAGGCGUCGCCGCCAAGUUCUUCUCCACCAUUGGAGACUUUCAGACGGCCCGAGCCUCGAUGGAGCAGCACCUCACGUUGAACACAACCAUACCCAUUCGACCCAACACUCGUUACCUCAUCACCUGCAAGCUAUCAGAAGUUCAUUGUGAGCUCGGCGAAUUCGACGAGGCCGUCCAGUUGAUCCAGCCCGAGAUGGAGACUAUACCCGAGGCAAGGUGGACAGAGCGCCCGUUCCGGCGCUUUGCACUCGCUCUGUCCGAGGCCCGGUUGGGGCUUGGUCAGCUGGACAAAGCUGACCAGACCCUGAGCCUCCUUGCAAAGGUAGAGCCUCCAGAGCUGGAUGACAUCAACGCCCAGACCCUACAUAUGCGCCGACUUAUCAACACAGCCCGCAUGACGCACGAGAAGCUCGACUUUACUGAAGCUAUCGAGAAGUGGGAGCUCCUCUUGAAGGAAUUCAACGAGCUGACCAUUUUUCAGUCAAGGCACAAGUGGAUUCAGGCAAUCUUCUAUUUAUCAAUAGCCCACGCUCGCCUCCAGCUUGGGGACCAGCAAGCAGCCCGAGAAGCCUGGGAUCUCGCUGUGGGGAUCUUGCGGAGCGAGACCGUAGAGUACGUUCUGCCUACGCUGGCCACGAGAUGGCUGAAGAAGAUUGUCGAUGAUGUACAUCAGGCGCAGCAAUGGCCGUUCCGGGUAAUGCUCCCUGGUGGGAAGCCUGACGUUACCUGGCCAUCGCAUUCAUGA